AUGAAAUUUUUUAAGCGGACCGAGAGAAGUGAGCCCCUUGGACGAAAUGUGCUUGGCAAACUUGGCGCUCAUCGUUACGACCACUUGCAUGCAGUGCAUUCGCAUAAUUCGGCAGCUGCUUCCACCUUGAAAUCGAACAAUCUGCCGAAAUAUGGUCCGAUAAACGAUUCGAUGCAAACCUCGCACGAACUGGAUGCGUCACUAUUUGAUGCGUCGAAACGGGCAAUAAAACUUAAAAAGAGCGACACAUCAGCGACAGAAAAAUCACAAGGUGCUGAACGAGAACCUCAUGAGAUAAUAACAUCCGAAACGCAUUUGAAAUUUGAUGAAAGUCGAAUCGGAAGUUAUAAAUCAGGAUGGAAUUCGAAUGAAAAUUAUGAAAACAAUUAUGAUAUUGAUGACAGAACUCAAAAUCUUAUUGAUGAAUUAUCAACAACUUUUUACCCAGAACUAAACAGUAUAGUACUGAAUAAGUCGAUCAUUUUGGAUAUAAAUGGCAAAAAACCUGAUAUACUACCUAUGUACGACAGCGAAGCGCAGAUAACUCAGAUCACAACAACAAUCCUCAAAAUAGACGAGUCAGAUAACAAUCCGUUAUCAUCAACUCAUUUAAAGAAUUUAUCAACACAUAAGAACAAAUCAGCAGAGAAACCAGUGUUGCCAAUGACAACAUUCGAAAAGCAAGCAUAUGAUUUUCGAAGUCGAUUGGAAGGAAACAAUGGCUUUAAUGAUUUCUUAAAAAUGCUCGAAAAUGCUAAAAUCGGUUUCUUUAGAAGAUCGGAAUAA